ACGCUCGUGGAAAGGCCUCCUUAGAUACGAAAUUUCCAACUAAAGGAGCUAUGGCUGUAGUACAUCUUGAAUUCGAAAAAUUGGCUGUUUUGUUACCCUCGGAUAUCGACGUAGCUUGCUAUAAUUCACCUGAAAAUACCACCAUAUCUGGACCAUCUGAAUCAGUAAUGGUAUUUUGUAAAGAAUUAAGGUCUCGUGGUGUCACAGUUUCAGAAUUAAAUUGUGUCAACAACAUCGCUUAUCACAGCAGAUACGUUUAUCCAAUCGAGGAUAAAUUAUUCGAAUUCAUGCGCAGUUUUAUAACCGAACCACGAGUACGAAGUGAGAAGUGGUGGAGUUCAGCCAUUCCGAAAGAAAAAUGGGAUACAAAACUCGCUCGAACAGCUUCAGCUGAGUAUUUUACUCAAAACUGUUUAAGUCCCGUACUAUUUAAGCAAACUGCAAGUUUGAUUCCAGAUAAUACUUAUGUGAUAGAAAUUGCACCCAGAGCCUUCAUGAGCACCAUCUUGAAACAAGCAAUGAAGCCGAAUGUUACUAUUUUAGAUUUGCAACGUGGUUCGGAUUCGGAAAGUACUUUGGAAUCAUUUUUAAGUCUUGUAGGUAAACUUUUUAAUGAAGGAUUUCAGCCUUGCAUAGCCAACAUAUACCCAAAUGUCAAUUUCCCUGUGAGUCGUUCAACUAGAAUGAUUGCUCCACUCAUCGAGUGGGAUCACUCCGAAACAUGGGUAACACCAUCCUGCGAAGAUGUCGAUAAAGCUGAAACGUCCUUUGAAAUCCCUUUCGACAUGAAAAGUGAAUAUUACCAGUUUUUGAGAGGUCACACAUUGCGAGGAAGUGAAUUAUUUCCAGCUACUUUUUAUAUUGGCUUAGUUUGGUACGCCAUGGCUAGGAAGUAUGGCAAGAACCAGCAUGAGUUACCAAUUUCAUUGAAAAAUGUUACAUUGAAACGUGCGACAAAAAUACCAGAUGAGGGAAAAAUCACAUUUUUUGUUAAUUUGACACAAGGUUCUGGAGCAUUUGAAAUUGUGGAAAGCAAUGCCACUGUAGCAAGUGGCUUUGCAGAAAUUCUGUCGGCACCGAAUAACGAAGAAAAUCCUUUGAAUAAGGCCAUAGCACAAAACGAAUCGUCCAUAAUUUUAAGCAGUCAAGAAUUUUACAAAGAAGUAUCGAUUCGAGGUUACGAGUACAAAGAUCCAUUCCGCGGAGUGAAAAGCUACAACCCGAAUGAUGGCUGGGCCAAAAUUCUUUGGGAUGGUAAUUGGAUUGCAUUCAUGGACUGUGUCAUGCAACUGAUUAUGAUGAAAGUGAAUAGGGAAUUUUUAAUACCCACUAGAAUAAAAAAUUUUACCAUUGAUCCAAAAGCUCAAGGAAAAGCAGUAAGACGGCUUUCUGAUUCUAAAGGUCUAAUUGAAUUACCAGCUUAUUUGAGCGAAUUUGAGAAUAGUGUCUACUGUGGUGGGGUAAGCAUUUCGAACAUAGAACUUCAGUCGAUGUAUUUGAAAGAUAACUCGACGCCUCCGCUCCUGGAGAAAUAUUGCUUCUUACCUUAUGGUGACGUUGAUCGAGCGGAUUUCAAUGAAGUGGCCAGACUCGCGAUUGAUUUGACGUUAAAAAAUAACCAGCCAAGUAAAAUUCAUAUUAUGGAAUACAUAGAUUCCAUGGAAUUGUUGCCGCAUACCGAUAUUAUCAUGACCCCACGGAUGGAAACUAUUUUGAGGGAUAACAACGUCAACAGUAAAUUAUUCUUUUAUAACGAUCGAUCGGAUUUGGUGUCUACUUUUAAUCUUCCAAGAAAUGUUGAAGUCUUGGAACCAAAUGCGAUCAAUCGUCGAAAAUUCGAUUUGGUCGUUGGUUAUCAAUUGUUGGAACCAAAUCAGCAUAAAACUUUGGAAAAUUUACUGCUCAAUGUUACUGAACGUGGAUUCAUCUUGACGUAUGAAAAAAGGGACAAUAAUAUCGAUGUGAAAGCUCCCGCAAAGAAAAUGGAAAAUCUGAAGGUCAUUGCUGAAAAAACAUUCAGCAUAUUUCGACUGGUUCUCUUAAGAAAAAUCGAUCCAGUUAAAAAACACUUUGAUGUUAUAUAUGUCGAUAAUAAUCAAUUCAAAUGGAUCGCUCAACUCAAGACACUAUUAAGCUCGUAUCCGAACGAACCACAAUUCAAUGAUCGCAGAAUUUUAUUAGUUGGUCAAAACGAUCUGGACAAUGGAUUGCAAGGUUUAAUUAAUUGCCUGAUACAAGAAUACGGUACUUCGUAUAUCAGAGGAAUUCUGAUACAAGACACCAAUACUCGUCCAUUUUCCCUUGAUGAUACCAUGUACUUGGAACAGAUUCGCAAUGAUUUGGUCGACAACGUUUUGAGGAAGGAUGGCGUUUGGGGAUUCUACAGUCACAGAAUUUUGCCGGAUUUGGAGCCGAAACUUUGCCAUCAUGCCAUUAUCAAACCUUCAAGCGACAAUGAUCUCAGCUCGUUCCAAUGGACCGAGGGAACUAUCAAAGAAGACAAAAAAAAUGUCAUAAGCGUCUGUUACGCAGCGAUCAAUUUCAAGGACGUAAUGACCAGCAGCGGCAGACUUCAGAAAAACGACGUGGGAAAAGAUUGCCUGCACAGUGAACUGCCCUUCGGCAUGGAAAUCAGCGGCAUCAAUCACGAAGGAAAGCGAGUCAUGGGUGUGGUGAACGGCGACGGCUUCUCGAAUUUCUGCGAGAACAAUGACUGGACUUUCGACGUUCCCCAGGCCUGGUCACUGGCGGAGGCGGCCACCGUACCCUGGGCCUACAUCACCGCCUAUUGGGCACUGCACCACUUGGGCCGAGUCAAAGCCGCGGACAAGGUGCUGAUCCACGCCGGAGCCGGGGCGGUCGGUCAGGCGGCCAUCCGUCUGGCGCUGCACGAGGGCUGCGAGGUCUUCACCACCGUGGGCUCGGAGGCGAAGCGACGCUUCGUGCGCCAACUCUUCCCGACGAUCGACGAGGACCACAUCGGGCCGUCGCGCUCGACCGGCUUCAAGUCGAUGAUCGUGCAGGCGACCAAGGGACGCGGAGUCGAUCUGCUCGUGAACUGCCUGGCCGGCGACAAGUUCGCGGCCUCGCUCGAGUGCAUGGCGCCCAACGGCCGCUUCAUCGAGAUCGGCAUGUCCGACAUACAGUCGGAUUAUCAGAUUGGUAUGAGUAACUUCGCUCGUGGCGUAAGCUUUCAAGCCUUCGACGCGACCAAGAUCUUCGUCGACGACGAGAUGCAUCGGACGAUGCGCGGUUACCUGGAAGACGGCAUUAAGAAUUCCGUAGUGAAACCCAUCAGCUACAAGAUCUUCGAGAAAAACGAGAUGGAGAAAGCCGUGCGCUUGAUGGCUCACGGUGGACACAUCGGCAAGCUCUUGAUCAGAAUUAGCGACGAGGAGAGUGGAAUGAACGAAAAGAUGCUGGCCAUGCCGAGAUACCAUUGCUAUCCCGAGCGCAGUUACGUGAUCAUCGGCGGUCUUGGUGGAUUUGGCCUGGAACUAGCUCACUGGCUCGUUUUACGAGGAGCUCGAAAUAUCGUGCUCGUCUCGAGGAGCGGCAUUAAAACGGGCUACCAGCAAACGAGGAUCAAAUUGUGGAAAGACAACGGGGUCGAUGUCCUCGUGAUACGCGGCAAAAACUUGAGCAAACAGGAGGAUUGCGCGAAGAUCUUGAGCACCGCCAAUCUAAUGGGACCCGUCGACGCCAUAUUCAACUCUGCCGUUGUCCUGAAGGACGCGUUGUUCGAGCAUCAGAGUCCGGAGACGUUCGAGGACGUGCUCCAGUGCAAAGCCCGGGCUACCGAGCACUUCGAUCGCCAGAGCAGAUCCGCUUGUCCGAAGAUGAGGCACUUCGUCGUCUUUUCAUCAGUAGCGAAUGGCAAGGGUAACGUCGGUCAAACGAAUUACGCCAUGGCCAAUUCGAUCAUGGAACGUAUAUGCGAGAGACGCCAACAAGAAGGUCUACCGGGCUUAGCCAUACAAUGGGGUCCCAUCAGAGAUGUCGGUGUGGUAGCCGAUAUGGACGACGUCGCCCAGUCACAACUCAAAAAUCUCGGGUUCGACCUGCAGAAAAUUAACUCGUGUCUGGAUGCCCUCGAAAAAUUUUUACUGCAAAGCAACCCGAUAGUCUCGAGCUUGGUAUUGCUGGGAAAAACGAACGAUGCCGACAAAGAGAAGAAGGUCGACGUAUUCGAGGAAAUUUGCAACGUCAUGAAUUUCAAGAAUUUGGAUAAGAUCGAUCCAGAUGCGACUUUCUUGAGCUUGGGUAUCGAUUCUAUCAUGGUGACGGAAGUUGGAAAUAUCUUGGAGCGACGGGUCAAUACUUUCUUCACUAGCAAAGAUAUAAGGGACAUGACCUUUAAUAAGUUGAGAGAGAUCAACAAUAAUAUAAUCAUACGUUGAUUAUUGCUUUUUUUCAAUUGUUUAGGGGA